CAGGCAGCAGCCAACGAGCGAGACCAAGGCAACCAAAGACCAGAAACACAUCGCGCAGCUAGAAGCCUAGUAGAAGCCCGCUACCAGCAGCAAGCACGCGGCGCGGCCGCGAGCAACAAGCUCUCGUCAGCACCACCAGCAGCAGCAGCGAGAGCAGCGGGCCGGCAGCCGGGAGCCCCGCCCCCGUCGCGAGCACCAAGCAAGCAGCAGCGCUCCCGUCUCUCCAACCGAUCGCUCCUCCCCUCGCCGUCCUGCUCCAGCAGCAGCAGCAGCGAGUUAAUUCUCCUGUUGGUUUAUUUGUCUACUGGGGCAUAUUGGAUUAGAGGAGCAGCAAAAAUUGAAGAACCCAAGAAUUACUUUUAACUUAAAUUUAUGUUCUGAUUGUAUGGAAUCCCAUUUCUGAGAGAUGCCAUCAUCGACACCACUGCCGCCACAAAAUUUGCUCCCACUACUAUCACCGGUGGUUGGGCAGAGCACUCGUAUUAAUCUCGGGGAAAUCAAACAAAAACUAGUUAAGAGGAUUGGCUCAGAGCAGACAAAGAAGUACUUUGAGCACUUGCAGAGGUUUUUGUCUUCGAAUCUGAGCAAGGUUGUGUUUGACAAGCUCUGCCUCACAAUAGUUGGUCAUGAAAAUAUUCGGCUUCAUAACAACCUAAUUCGCUCUAUUCUCCACAAUGCCUGCCAAGCAAGCGGGCCACCAAGAGCCAGUGCACCUAAAUCAAUUGGAGUUGCCAAGAAUUCAAAUCAUGUCUUAGUUCCACCAGUUCUGGUCUCUGACAAUGGUGAUGUUCCAUGGCGACAUGUGAAGGCCCACUAUCCACAAGGCAGAAAUGCAGAUGCUGUCCAGGAUAAUGGUGUUGUGCAUUUGACCAAACUGAAGAGAUUUCUACGGCCUCAACAAAGUGACCUUGUGGAACCACUGUCCAAAAGAUUACGCGUCAAAAAUGCAUAUUCAAAUUUAUCUGACCCCCCAAAUAGCAACUAUCAUGUUGUUGGCAGAGAAAAUAUUGAAGGGAUUGCACAGAAUGCUCGAGAUCCAAUAACUGCCCCACUAGGGAUUGCCUUCCGCUCUGGUCAUUUUGGUGACAGUUGGAAAACUUUGACAUUUUCCUCUAGCGCUGGCGGUGAUAACUCUUUUUGUUGCUAUGACCUUGGUCAGCUGUGUGAUACUUCAUCACUGAAACAGCGGAUGGGGAGAAUAGCAGAAACAGAAGGGUUGGAUGGUGUGUCAUUAGAUUGUGCUAAUUUAUUGAAUAACGGAACAGAUUUAUUCUUGAAACAUCUUAUUGGAUCUUGUAUUGAACUAGUUAGAGCAAGAUCUCAGCAUGAUCAAAUAAAUCAGAUGGCACUAAAACAACAGUUAAGUCGAAAGCUUAUAAAUGGUGUACAGCUGCAAAAUCAGGUGCAUGGUCGAAGUGCCAAUACAUGCCCACAAAUCAGCUCAAUUUCAUUGCAAGACUUCAAGGCUCAAUCAGAGCUAAAUCCUCAGCUGCUUGGAGUCAACUCAUCACUGCUACUUGAAAAAAUGAAUUCAUAUGAUUAAUCAGUCAGGAUCCAAAUGAAUUAAUCUUUCUACAGAGAUUAAUCUUUGCCAAGCAGGCAAGAGGAUUACAAGCUUGAAAUUCUAUCUGGAUCACAUGCACCGACAGCCAAAUGGUAUGUGGAUGUCUGCAUAUUUUCUUAUGCAACAAGAGGCCUGAACCAAUGCCCCCAGUUCCUGGUGUGAAUUGUAGCACACUCAGAAAAUGCACCAAGCUGAGGUUGGAAUUCUGUGAUGAAGUCUCAGCCUCACCAGCUAGCAUGCUCCUCCACAUUUUUUCUGGACAGUGGGCACAGCAAUGUCCUGACUUGUUUCCUUGCGCAUCUGCAGCUGAUGUGUUUUUACCUGUUUUAUCACUCUUGCACUGCAUCAAAGUCCAAGCCUGCCUCCAUAACUUACUGCAGCUGAGAUGUUACUUCCUGUUUCAUCUCCACUACACAAAAGGAUGUUUUGACAUUCCUUUGUCUUGGAUGUAGCAGACACCAAAUCUUGUAUGAUGUCUGAUGUUCAUUUUCAUAAUUUGUUGAUGGGCAGUGGAAGGUGCUUCUAACCAUUGCACAGUAUCCGCUUCGGGUGAACUCCGCAGCUCACUAUAAAGAUUGCUCCAUCAAAAUAAGUGAAGAUCUCGUACCUUUUAAGACUGUUGAUUAUACAAAGAUAUCAAUGUUGUGCUCUUAUGCACCAAGGCAAGAUUGCAUAAACAACCAUGGUGGUGCUGGGUGCAAAACAGAUUUAGAACAGAGCCUUCCAACAUAAAGAGCUUCAUUUAGGAGAGCAGGCAAAUAAAUGUGGAAAAUUAACUGCAAGGAACAAAGGGAUGGAUAGAAUGGAAAUGGUGUGGUUCAAGAUGCAAUAGCCAAAGAAGAACAUUCGCGACUAGGGGGAUCUAAAUUACGCUGCCAUUCAGCCAACAAAGAGGCCAGGAAACUGUACCUGGGCUGAUCUCGGAGCUGCUCACAAGAAUCCUGAAUGCUGAUCAAUAUCUGCAAUUAAAGGUCACCAAUUCAUGCCGAAGAGAACAGAAAGUUUGCAUUGCAGGGCCCACCUUAUAUGGCCUGCCGCCUGCACCUGGAGGAUCCAGGCGGUUGUGGCGUUGAAAUAGUCUGACUUUCUGAAUGUUUGGCCCUUGUGCUUCCGUUUGUUGGCUCCGGUGGGCAUUCCAUAAAUAGUGAGCUGAGACAAACCUCCAUUCAUGAUUCAUGGUCUGUGGAUCUGCCGUUUGUGUUUUCAAGCGUAAUAACGGCAGGCACGGUUACAUGCUUGCCUGUCUCUGAAUUUUGUUGCUGGCACGCGUUCCCUGAUGCAUAUGUUGCCAUUGGAGCAUGAGUUUAGCAGGCGAUGUGUACUUGUGGUGUGAUGAUCAUUGACAUGAGUUUAUGCUCCUGGACAUCAUGGGUUCAAUCCCUUAUGUUGUGAUGAUCAUUAACCAUAUCUCAUGAAGAACCUGUGUAA